AUGGCCGACGAACAACACCUAUUCACCUGCCUAUCAUGCUCGAUCGCAUUCCAUACCGCAGAGGAACAGCGUCUGCAUUACCGCUCAGACCACCAUCGCUAUAACAUGAAGCGCAGAGUGGCAUCGCUUCCUCCCGUCAGCGUCGAGACUUUCAAUCAGAAGGUUUUGGAGCGGAGGCAGGAGACGGCGGUGAUGCUCUCGCCGAAGGGAGAGACUUGUGACAUAUGCAAUAAAUCAUACACUACGGAAAAUGCGUAUCGAUCGCAUAUGGCUUCUAAGAAACAUAGAGACAACGAGCUCAAAGCUGCCAUCCGUCUCUCAAAGCAAGUCGACGAGCCAGAGGUCGAAACCGACGAGCCCGCCACAGUCGCAGAAACUGACGCCACAAUGGACUCCGCAGAACCCGCCGCAUCUAUCGCACUCGAACCUAUCGCUGAAUCUGCUCCUGCUACAGGUGUCGCUAUGCAGGUCGAUGCCGAGGCGGACGACGAAGAGAUCAACCAAACAAUAGACCAAAAGAUCGCUUCCGCCCGCUCGCGCCUCUCCCCAGCCCACUGCCUCUUCUGUACCACCGUCUCCCCCUCGCUCCCCGAAAACCUCACGCAUAUGUCCAUCGCGCACUCCUUCUUCGUCCCCGAAGCGGACUACCUCGUCGAUCUGACCGGCCUCAUCACCUACCUCGGCGAAAAGAUCGCGGUAGGAAACGUUUGCAUCUAUUGUAAUGGGAAGGGGAGAGAGUUCAGGACGGUGGAGGCGGUGAGGAAACAUAUGGUGGAUAAGAGCCAUUGUAAGAUCGCUUAUGAGGCGGAGAAGGAUAGGCUUGAGGUUUCGGAUUAUUAUGAUUUCGAGGCGAGUUAUCCGGAUGCGGAGGAGAGGAAGCAGAGGAGGGCGGAGAGGGCUGCGAAGAAGGAAGAAAGGAGGGCAGAGAGGGAGGCGAAGAGGGUGCAGGAGGAGAAGGAAGCUGGGUGGGAGGACGACGAGGAGAUUGAGGAAGGGAUGGAGGUCGAUGAGGUUGUGGAUGAGGAAGUGUCGGAGAAUGAUGAAGACGGCGAUGAGGAUACGGAGUCUGAGCUCUCCGAAGAGGAAGGGAAUCAGAUCACGUAUGGAGACUCGCACCUCGAGCUCGUACUCCCCUCCGGCGCACGUAUAGGCCACCGAUCGAUGCGUCGCUACUAUUCUCAGUCCUUCAGGCCCACAGCACCGAGGAUGCGCAACGGCAAGCCAGAGGACCCGAACUCGGGUGCGGCACUGGUCAGGAAGCUGUUGGCGGACAAGAACUCGGCGUUGGUGCCGUUGAAAGGAGGGUUUGGUGCGUUUGGCAGCGGGACUGAGGUAGUGAAGGCGAGGAAUAAGGGUGAGGCGAAGGAGGCUGGGAGACAUGUCAGAGAGUUUAGGGAUAUGAAGAGGAGGGAGAACUUCAAGACGAAGGUUGGAUUCAGGCACAACAGCCAGAAACAUUUCAGGGACCCGUUGCUCCAGGUAUGUUUUUUGUGGUUCUACUCCGUGGCACAAGUCGCUGAUAUCUUCUUGUCUAGUGAUUGGCACACUGUCGGAUCAUCAUGUCGUCUGCUUGCAUUUCCACACGCUUGUAUCCUUUUCGAGUAUUUGUAG